AUGGCCUAUGAUCCCAGACUGUCCAGUGCGGGCACUGCGACCCCCGAACCCCCUCCUCCUCCCCCUCCCCCUCCAGAGCCCGCCGCCUCGACCAACACACCCACCAUGACGACCGGCGAGGAACAGAGGAAGACGGGGGAGCAGGAGCAGGAGCAGGAGGCGGCGUCAGCAGCACCAGCAACAUCAACAUCAACACCCGAGAAGGUCACGACAUCGGCAUCCGAAUCCGACCCCGAAUCCCACAAACUCCGCUUCUGCACCGUCUGCGCCUCCAACCAGAACCGGUCCAUGGAAGCACACCUCCGCCUUUCAACCGCCUCCUCCCCCUUCCCGGUGAUCUCAUUCGGAACCGGCUCGCUCGUCCGCCUCCCCGGACCGUCCAUCACGCAACCAAACGUCUACAGCUUCAACUCGACCUCCUACGCGCAGAUGUACGACGAACUCCUCGGCAAAGACGAGCGCCUCUACCGCAACAACGGCCUCCUGAACAUGCUGGAACGCAACCGGAACUUGAAAUGGGGCCCCGAGCGCUUCCAGGACUGGGUGCCGGGUCUGCCGCGCGUCGAUCACAUCGCUAAGGGCGAUCGCGGCGCCGUGGGGACUGAGGGUGGCGUCGUCGACGUGAUCAUUACCUGUGAGGAACGAUGCUGGGAUGCUGUUGUCGACGAUCUUAUGAAUAAGGGCUCUUCGCUGAAUCGCCCCGUGCAUGUCUUCAAUGUCGAUAUUAAGGAUAAUCAUGAGGAGGCGCUGGUGGGGGGUAAGGCGAUCUUGGAGCUGGCGAAUCGGUUGAAUGAAGCUGCUGCGCAGGAGCGUCGCGCGAAUGGCGCCGAGGGCUGGGAGAAUGGGACUGGUGACGCGAGGAGGAGCUUCGAUGAGAAGGUUCCGGAUAUUUUGGCUGCGUGGCAGGAGAAGUGGCCGAAUUUGCCGGCGUUGUGGACGUUGGCCUGGUUGUAG